UCCUCCUCUUUUUAACCCUAAUUUUAUUUUAAAAUUAAAAAAAAAUAAUAAAUUCCACCCCUUUUACUUUUUAAUUUUUUUUUAACGUACCUUAUGUAUAUAUAAUAAUUAUAUAUACACGACCAAAUAUAAACAAAAUGAUGAACUCAGUACAAUUAAUCAACAUCCAGAGACUGUUAGAAGCAGCCGAGUAUUUAGAGAGGAGAGAUCGAGAAGCCGAGCACGGAUAUGCAUCGACUUUACCCUGCAAUGUCGAGGGGACCAGGAAGAAAAUGAAAACCAAAAAGAAUUCGAGCAAUAGAUCUACACACAAUGAAUUAGAAAAGAAUCGGCGAGCACACCUUCGUCUCUGUUUAGAGCGAUUGAAAGAACUUAUACCACUGGGUUCAGAGUGUACCAGGCACACGACACUUGGUUUACUCAACAAAGCCAAAGCACAUAUUAAGAAACUUGAAGAGCUGGAUAGGAAGUCGCUGUACCAGAUUGAGCAUCUGGAAAGGGAACAUCGUUUUUUAAAAAGGAGACUGGAACAGCUACAGGGUCUGCCAGAGAAUGAACGAAUACGAAUGGACAGCAUAGGGUCCACCGUCUUCUCUGAUCAUUCAGAUUCAGAACGAGAAGAGAUUGAGGUGGAUGUUGAGAGCACAGAGUUCUCCCAUGGAGACAUGGACGAUAUUAGCACUUCCAGCAUCAGCGACCUUGACGACCACAGCAGCCUCCAAAGUGUUGGUAGUGAUGAAGGCUACUCCAGCUGCAGCAUAAAGCUGUCCUCAUCAAUAUAGACAGGACAACCCUGAAGCUACCUGCAGAUAUGUCUGAGGGAUCACAAUAUGACAAGCUACUUCAGCUUUGGACUUUUGUGGAAAAAUAAUAGGUUAAGGACAUGCGCUUGUACUACAAUACUUAUGCACAAGGCAAUUGCAUUGUUUUGAGGAAAGAAAUAGCUCAUGGUGCAUAGCAUUGUGGCUACAAAGUAUGACCACUAUUCAGAUUGUUUCUUUGUGUAUUCACAGAUAAUCCAUUAGUGUCAAUUUAGUUGGAAAAUACCAGCCUUUUUUUUAAAAUAUUGCACUUUUAAGCUGAAGAGCAUCUUGUUGUGUAGCCCAGAGUUCUGAUGUGAUUUGAACAAUGCCAGAAAGCUUGACUUCCUGACAGUUUGUUUCUAACCUGCACUUGGAGGUCUUCAUUUCCUUUAUAAAACCUGCAGAGAUGUUCUCUUUGUGGAGACCUCACCUAUCAGAUUGUUUAAAAAUCUGUUUACUGUAAAAAAAAAAAUUAACCACCCCAAAUAGAGAUCGAAGAACAUUUUACCAAAUUGGUAAUUUUUGGCUGAUUUUAUUUGGUGUGAAAGAAACAAAAAGUGUAUCUCAGUCCCUUUUGACGCUCCAAGUUUUAUGAAGUUAAAUCAUAGGGACUGUUUUCUCCUUUUUGUUUUUAUUUUUGUUUGUGCUAAUGUUGUGCCUUCUAAGUUGUGCAUUGUGUUGUCAUCAAGUUAGCGUCUCUUAUCUAUUUGUCCCUGCAUGUAUUCAGAGCAGCUUAAAAAUAGUUCAAUCUUAAUCUUUCUUCUUUGCCUCGCUCCAACCUUGGUUCUAUAAUAGAAUGGCCUGAUUACUGUAAGCAUAACCCUGACCUCCCUGUCCCCUUCAGAAGCAGCAACUUGAAGCCCUCAAACCAAUAAAGUUAUUAAAUUAGCUUUGCAGGAAUAGAAACCUAUAAGCUUUGUAUCUGUUUUAGCUGUUGGCAAAUGUGCACAGUGCAGCACACUUGUUAAUGGUAUUCAUAUAGAGAAAUGAAAAAUUCUAUUGUUGCUAUGGUAAAAUCAUAUGUUGGUGUCAGCUAUAAAAGCACUAGAAAUAGAUUCAGGUCUACAACCUGCAUAUUUAGAGCUGUAUCUUGUUAAACUGAAAUUUGAAAACCACUAGGUUUAAUUAGGCAGAGGGUCUUUUGCAUUUGAAUGUAACUUUUGCCCAUACCUGAAGCUCUAGUAUUAAUCAUUUUAGAUCUGAAAUAUUCUCAUUUUUGUUUAAAAAAGAAAAAUUGAGCCACUUUUCAUUUAAAAAUCUUGCCUGUUAUAUUUUCUACAAGUUGCGACUUGAUCUUUUUGCGAUCAGUACUUUUUAAGGCUUCAAGAGUUGAAGUGCAUAUUGGGAAAUUGCAGGCAAAUUGCACAAUGUUUCAUUCAUUAAAAUUUUUUGACCAAAAGUUGUGGGGGGUACACCCGUGAUUUGCCAUUAUCUGCACUUGAUGGGUGAGGGUUCUGUGCUAGAAGCAUGUGCUCUUAAAAUCAACCAGUAAACAAUUUGGGAAAUUAUCAUUUCUCAAAAUAAGUACUUUAUAUUUCAGUUGAACAAAAAAGCACUUCCAUAUAACCAAACAACCCUUCAAUUUUAUGCUAUCAUUACGAAGCUUUUCAGGUCAGGAACCAAGCAUAGGGUAUAGCAUAGAUAAUUGGAAGUGAUCAUUGGAACAUUUGUUUUAGAUGGUUUCCAAAUCCAAAUUUAACUUAAAGCAAUAGUUUUCCUUGUGCUUUGACUAUUUCAGAUGAAUUUUAGAAUUUUGAAAUUUGGAAUAUCUGAAGUAGAUCUAAACUUCAAGUAAACCUGGUCAUCCUUAGUAUAUUUUUUGCCUCUUUGGAGGGAGAAGUUAUUACAGGUUACAGUUUUAACUGGGCUUGUAUAAGUAUUUACAAAAGAUGUUACCGAAAUACAUCAAAUUGCACUAAAGGCAUGUUAUUUACUGCAUUUGUUUUUUGUAAAGUUCCAACCUAAAGCCAUGAAAGGAAGCCAAAAGAAUUUCACGUUUGGGGAAACUCUGAAAAUUUUACAAUGUUUUCAUAGAACUAAAAACAUUAAAGCAGGAAAGAAUUUAAUUCUGGUGCUACUCAAUGAUAGUUAUUUGGGACACAAUGAUAGCAAAAUUUGAAAUUGUUACUUGGUAGUGAGUGUAUAUUUACUAUUCUUACCAGCCCUAUUUGGUUUAGUUAGUUAUCAAGCUCGUAUGGCCAAGAUGCACAUCUGGCAGCUUUGCAAUAUAUUUUAUAGCAUGCUCAGUUUUUUGUUUCCUUCCCUGCCACUUUUCUAAGAAGUGAGCAGAACCUGAAUGUAAAACAAAAGGCAGCUUUUUACCAGAACACUCAGCUACAGAAUCCUGUGACUGACUGGUGUGUUUGUGCUGAUAGACCAACAGAUCCCUUGUGUAUGUCUAAGGUUACACUUAAUAAUGUACAGCAACUUCCACAGGUCUACAACAUGAGACAUAUCCUAUAGAUAUUGCCUGAAUCUGAUUUAAUUGACCAAAAUCCUGUAAGCUGUAUGCUUCUUACUUCCACUUGUCAAGGUCAUUUAGAAGUAAACCUGGUUAUCAUCCAAGCUCCUUGCAAUUGAAGUUGUACAGUACCAUAAUCUUCUUAAAGGGUAAAGUAAAUUAGCCAGGAUUGGCCGAUUCAGUUCAUAAUACUAGAGUUCUUGUUGGAGGCUUGACUUUAGUAAUAUGACUUAACAACUUUGAAUGUUGAGCAUUCAAUAAUGCUGGAGCAAUUCUUUGAAUUUUGUCAAAAGCCACUUUCGGUGCAGCAGUUACAUGUUUUAAUAUGUAUAUUCAAAUCUCUCAAUAGACCACUUAACCAGAUCCAGUUACUGUGUACAUUCAUAAAUAAUUGUUGCAACAAAAUCAUGGGUAACAGGAAUUUUGUGUACAGAAGAUUGGCAGGAAUACAGGCAGUUUGGGAUUUAGUCAGAAAUUAACAGAAUGGGUAAAAAAACAUAGCUAACAUGGUUAUAGGUGAGAACACAUCCAAUGAAUGGCACAAUAGUACCAAAAAGGCCUUAAAUUACAUUAUUACUGUGAUAUAACAAAAAAAAAUAAGGAAAUCUAUUUCAGCACAGUAUUUUGAUGCUGUUAAAGUUUGAUAUAAUGUGCAGGAACACGUGAUGUCUUUCCCCUUCUAGCAGUAAAACCAGCAAUAAUUACUUGGCAACAAUUAAUAUUUCCAAGUGGUUCUUUGUGGGUUCAGUUAUAUGUUACUUUUAUGAUGGAUUAAAUUGAUUAGUUCUUUGAAGAAACAGAAGUGAAAGAGAAACUGCUAUGUGGUUAAUGGUACUAAACCAGAGUUUAAUAUUCAUAAAGUAAGCAGAGCUUUGUACUGCUACUGAUCACAAUCUUAAUACCAAUAAUAAUUCUUUGUAUCAGUUUUAGUUCAAAUGGUUAUUUUGGAAAGAACGUUUCCCCCACCCACCACCCCCCUUCCUGGUCUUACUGCAUAGUAUCUGUAUUUUAAAAUACGAGAAACUGUGCUGCUGGUUUUACAGCAGUCCUUGCAACUUUGGCCUGUGCGAUUAUGCACUGAAUUGAUUACUGUAUCUGGUUAUAUUCAUCCAAUAUAUGCAUUCCUACUUGUAGAGAUUGGAUAGUCUAGUCCCCAUGUCUGGGUAUUUGUUGAGUAUUUUUCAUUUGUCAUGCCCUUUUAUGCUAGAUAAGUUAAAUGUUCAACCAGCCAAAAUUACAUGUACACUGUACUUUUAGGACAGAUUUACAUGAUUGUACCUUUCCUGUUUAUGUAAUGACAUCCCGUGGUAGAGAAUUUUCUUUCCUCUCCUAAAGUUGCACAUUGCAUCUGUAAACUUUUGUAAAACUAUGCCAGCUGGUACCUUAAGAGUUAACAGUGAUGCUUUUCCUUGGCAGUAACUUUUGCCUCCUAUAAAAUAUUUUCCAGUUUUAAGAGUGAAAAUAAACUGUAACAAUUGUAAUUUUUCAUUUUUUCAGAUGGUUGAAACAAAAAAGAUUGAAAAAUUCUAGUAACCUUAUUGGCUCCCUUUCUUCACACCUGGAAAUAAGCAAAAAGGCCUCUACUCAGGAUUACGCUCAAAUUAAACUUGGGAUGUAAACCAAACUGACAAAAUUUCUGAGAACUGUACCAGCGGUAUCCAGUAGAGGCUGGGUCAGACCAAUGUUUAAUGUUAACAAAGUAGUCAUGAUUCUCCCUUUUCAUGCAAGCCCACAUUGAGGUACAGAUCUUUACAUUAAAUUUGACGCCCUGCCAGGAUGUGGUUACAUUUAAUCAUCUAAUGAUGUUAUACACAGGGUCACAAAUGCUCAGUGAUUUCCUGCAAUUUCUAACUACCCCUUCCACUUACAAAUUAAGUAGAUUGUAAGUAUAGGCAAUUGCUAGCCCAUGAUCAUCUGACCAGCUCAUCUUCUAACCUAUGGAAUGUCCAGAAGUCACGCAACACACUAUAUUCUGAAUAAUAACAGCAGAAAAACUCACCCAAAAUGCCAUCAUAGAAGACAUUUUAAAAUUUAUAUAAUGUGGGCAUGGGUACAAAUUCUUAUAAAAACGUUAGGGUUCUUAGAAUGUAAAACAGGACUAAUCUGCAAACCUAUCACAAUUGGUCUCCAGAAUCCAAAAUUAUCAAAACAGUUUAAUGCUUAUGCAUUUUACAUCGUGCCCACUCGCUGGUGAAGUUUGAAAGAUAUGAAAUGCUUGGCAAUUACUUAACCUCAUUAAUCUCAGCUCCAUAAAAUGGGCUUUGCAAAACUUGAGUCAAUGUUAGCAGCUCAAAUUUUCAUUGUUUAUUAGAUCACCAAUAACUACCUAGCUAAAAUUCAGCUAGGUAUUAUGUAGUAUUUGAAUUCCCAUUUGUUGCUUAGCUUCUAAGCACAGUAAAUUCUUUUAGUUAUCCGUAUGGUGAGAUGCUCCCAAUAUUGCAGUUUCAAUAUUGUUUUGCCUCAAUUUAGUUGACAUUACUAUGGAAAUUGGACUGAAGAUGCUGCAGAAUUCUAUGUCCCUUGGUUAAACAUGAUUCUUGCUGUAGUGUGCCAAGCUUCUUUUGACAAGUUGUCCUUUCCCCAAAAUAGUACCAAGUUUUCUUGCAGAUCACUAUGUCUGGUAAUCAAAUAACUGGAGACUGCUACUUAGUUGCAUCUUCAUUGGUGGAGGAAGAACCAUUGCAUGAUAUACUAAAUUCUCAAAAGAUGCCCACAUGAUUCUGUUCCUUCCUCUCAAUGGUUGGAAUGUACUUUAAUUUGAAGAAUAAUGCAUAAAUAUAAAACUCUUUCAGCAUUUGCAGUAAUUUGUUUCCCUACACAGUCACUGAAAAUGUAUUGUGACAGAAGAUAUAAUUCACCUCUUUUCCCAUUCAUUGUUCCUUCAUAAGUACUCUGAAAUUGACAGUUCAAUACUGAAUAACCUGACACUUAAAAUGUUGAUAUACACCACCACCGCAGGCUGUAUUUCAUCCCCCUAUUAAGUUUCCUGCGAUUCAUUAUUAUUCAUAUCUAACCUAUACCUAGUGUGCAUAAGUUGCAUUUGCCACCUUUGAGAUGGUGCUGUCACCAGAGCUUACAUUACACUAAAACUGUUGGUUCAGUUACCAUGAACAUGAUUUUCAAACAAACUCUUUUCUCCCCUCCACUCCAAAUCAAGAAAUAUCACUUCAUGUAGCACCUAUAGAAUUUGCCUCAAACUUGCAAUAUUUGCCACUGGAUUCAAAACUUUUAAGGCUUCAGGGCUACCACAUUCUAGAAGUUCAUCUUGUUAAAGUGGCUUAAACAUACAUCUAUGAAUAAAAGAGAUUUCUAGACUGUUUGUAAACUCACUUUUAACUGUAUAAAUGACUACUAUUUCAGAAAAAGUCAGUGAAAUUAAAAAAUGUUUAAAAACUAAAUCCUCAAGACUAGGUAUACCUUGGGUCAAUGGUCUUUCCCCUACCCUAACUAUAUUACUGUGCCUAUCCACACUAACCUGCCAACUUGCUAUUAAACAGAUUUCACUUACCAAAUCUAACAUCUUUUUCAAAUUAUAUUAGUUUAAUAAAAUAUACUUUUGGCUUUUAACUCAGCAGUAGGUAAUUAUAAGUCAAGUAGUGUACUUUAUACACAACAUAGCUAAAACCAACACUUAUGCAUUCUAAUAUACUAAAAGCAUCUGGGUAGAGCUUCACUGUUCACUUCCUCUUUCUCUCCUGCCCCAACCACCUCUCUCCCAGUUAGCAACUGGGCAUAUUUGAUUCCAAAAGCCAGCAUUAAUUGACCAUACAUAUAAGUACUGAUCAAGUCUCACCCAAGGCUGUUGUAGAAUGGAGGAAGUAGUGCUCAAGUCUAGAUUUUAACAUAUUUGAGGGCAGCUCUGUUCUAUACAGACUUUAAAAAAACUCUUGAAAUAAGCAGUGGUAUAAUAUUGAUGAAUCAAAUCAAAAUGGCACUGUUGUCAGUGUGGGUGCUGUUUAUAAUUUCAACAUUAGUUUAACAGUUAAUUAUUGAUAACCAUUUAUAGUCUGAAUCACAUGCUGCAAAGUAUACAAAAUGAGGCUUGUAGCAAGUCUCAAACAUAAUGCAGCAUAAGGGAGAACAGGAAAAAUGAUUUAAGACUUUUUUUUUAAAAGGUAAAGAAAAGCAUUUUUGCCUCACCAGAGAGCGUGACUGGAAAAGACUGAAUUCAUGCUGGUUCAAAAAAAUAGCACACUUGUUCCCUAAGCUACCCUGAUUUUAAAGUUGCUUUAACUGUGUUUGUAGAUAAACCUCUAUUAUUUACCUCUUGUAUAAAGCAUAAAAUAAAACUUCAUUUUGUGAAA